GUGGUGGGCAGGGGGUGGUGGCUGGUUGGAGAAGUUGGGGAGGGGGCCGCCGCGAGGAUUCCAGUCUAGCAGAAUCACGUCAUCAUUUCUUGGUUUUUGUUAUCCUACUCCGGGAACAUAAGCAACCAUUUCAACAUUUAAAUAUUUUUACUUAAUUGACGAAGAUGCAAUCGCAAUCCAGUCGUCGGCUCGCAUGCAUCUUCUGUCGCAUCGCCGAUGGCCUAGAACGAAACCCGAUUUUAUACAGGGAUGACACCUAUACAGUGUUCAGGGACAGGAGGCCUGCUUCAACCAACCACCUUUUAGUCAUCACAAAUGAGCAUGUGCGUGAUGUCACAUGUCUACGUGGCAGAGCAGAAGUAGUGGAUGGCUUGGUCCAUGUGGCAACAACUUUGCUGCAGAAGGAGGAUGCUGAUCUUGGAGAUGUCAGGGUGGGCUUCCACGUGCCUCCCAUGGUAUCCGUGUACCACAUCCACCUACACGUCAUCUGGCCGUGGUCCAACACGCAGUGCUUGGUCAGGUGGAAGUACAAGCGAAAGUCGACCUGGUUUUGGUUGCCGGAGACGGCCAAGGCGUGGCUUCGGAAGCAGGACGGCGGGGACGGCGCUGCGCCGGGCCGGCAGCAGCAGCAGCAGCAACAGCAACAGCACGACCAGCGGCAGGAGCGGCGCGACAGCGACGACCAGCUGGAGGGUGUCACGCGUCGCGUCGCGCAGCUGUCGACCAACUAGCGACGCCCGCCGGCGGGCGUCUGGUGCGCACUUCAAAGCCGUCGGGCCACAGGCCUGCCAUAUCCGCGGGACUUACAAGGCUUCCUGGCAGGCAGCAG